AGGUGGAGGGAGAGAGAGAGAGAGAGCGAGAGAGAGAGAGAGAGAGAGAGAGAGAAAAGGGGGAAGAUAGCAGGAUCCAGUUAGCGUCAACAUUGAGCUUGUUUACCUGAGGCUAAACGCUGCUUUUGCGCGACAGAUUAAAGCUACAUUCAAUCAUUGUCAUGUGGCUAUGAGUGUGUGUGAAACGACGAAGAUAUGUGUCAGUAGCUCGCUAGCUUAACGUGAAGACAGGAAGGGCAUCAUCUCUGGGCGAGCAGCACGAACGUAAUCUUCAGAUGGGAGUUAGUGUGUAAACGCUGGUGAACCAUCACGGUCAAAUAAAACGCGCCUGUCCUCUGCUGAGCUGAACCACCAGCUCCUGGCCCCGGUGACGGCAGGAGAGAGGAGUGCAGCCAAGAGUCAAGAUGAAAUUCACAGAGCAUCUCUCCGCUCACAUCACCCCGGAGUGGAGGAAGCAGUACAUACAGUAUGAGGCUUUCAAAGAGAUGCUGUAUGCUGCUCAAGACCAGGCACCAUCUAUCGAAGUCACGGAUGAAGAUACAGUUAAGAGAUACUACGCCAAGUUUGAGGAGAAGUUCUUUCAGACAUGUGAAAAAGAACUGGCCAAGAUCAACACCUUCUACUCUGAAAAGCUAGCUGAGGCUCAGCGGCGUUUCGCCACACUGCAGAAUGAGCUGCAGUCCUCACUGGAUGCCCAGAGAGAGAGCGCGGUUAACAGUAGUGGCCUGAGGAGGAGGAAGACGGUGUUCGCCCUGUCGCAGCAGGAACGAUGUAAACACAGAAACAUCAAGGAUCUGCAGCUGGCUUUCUCCGAGUUCUACCUGAGCCUCAUACUACUGCAGAACUAUCAGAACCUGAACUUCACAGGUUUCAGGAAGAUCCUAAAGAAGCAUGAUAAGAUUUUGGAGACUUCGAGGGGGGCCGACUGGAGGGUGGCCCACGUUGAAGUGGCUCCGUUUUACACAUGCAAGAAAAUUACACAGCUCAUCUCCGAAACUGAGGCGCUGGUUACAACAGAGUUGGAAGGUGGUGACAGGCAGAAGGCCAUGAAGAGGCUGAGGGUACCUCCCCUGGGAGCUGCACAGCCUGCACCUGCUUGGACCACGUUUAGAGUCGGACUUUAUUGUGGAGUAUUCCUUGUCUUAAUGGUUACAGUGGUCAUUACAGGAGCUGUGAUGAUUCGUAGAGCUAAUGUGUGGCCCAUGGUCAGGAUCUACAGAGGAGGAUUCCUCUUGAUAGAAUUUCUCUUCCUGUUAGGCAUCAACACGUACGGCUGGAGGCAGGCAGGAGUCAACCAUGUGCUCAUAUUUGAACUCAACCCCAGAAACAACCUGUCCCACCAACAUCUGUUUGAGAUUGCAGGUCUGCUGGGUGUGCUGUGGUGCGUUAGCCUGCUGUCCUGUCUCUUCAGUGACAGCAUCCUGGUACCAAUGCAGGCAAACCCUCUGGCUCUGUACGGCUUCUUCCUCCUCUUUCUCAUCAACCCUCUCAAGACGUGCUACUACAAGUCACGAUUCUGGCUGCUCAAACUCCUGUUUCGAGUGGUGACAGCUCCAUUUCAUCGUGUUGGCUUUGCAGACUUUUGGCUGGCUGAUCAGCUGAACUCUCUGGUGGUGGUUCUGAUGGAUCUGGAGUAUAUGAUCUGUUUUUACAGUUUUGAACUGGACUGGAAAAAACAUGAUGGACUAAUCAGCAGUGACGAUAAAGCCGUGUGUAACUCCUACUCCUACGGUGUCCGUGCAGUUAUCCAGUGCCUUCCUGCUUGGUUCCGAUUUGUCCAGUGUCUGCGACGUUACCGUGACACCAAACGGGCCUUCCCUCACUUGGUUAAUGCGGGGAAAUACUCAACGUCUUUCUUUGCUGUCACCUUUGCUGCCCUGUACAGUACACACAAAGAUGAAACCCAGAUCUUCUUCUACUUGUACAUCAGCUGUUUAGUGGUCAGCUCAUGUUACACACUGGUCUGGGAUCUGAAGAUGGACUGGGGCCUGUUUGACCGCAAUGCAGGAGAGAAUACCUUUCUGAGAGAGGAGAUAGUCUAUCCUCAUAAGGCCUAUUACUACAGUGCUAUAGUGGAGGAUGUGCUGCUGCGUUUCUCGUGGACUUUGACUGUCACCCUCAGCGCAGUGUCUGAGUUUCAAGGCAUCUCUGAUAUUCUGGCUACUGUGCUCGCCCCAAUGGAAGUCUUUAGGCGUUUUGUGUGGAACUUUUUCCGGCUGGAGAACGAACAUCUCAACAACUGUGGUGAGUUCAGGGCUGUCAGAGACAUCAGCGUAGCUCCGCUCAAUGCUGAUGACCAGACCCUGCUGGAGCAGAUGAUGGACCAGGAGGAUGGAGUCAGAAACCGGCAGGGCAAGAAGAGCUGGAAGAGGAGCUAUAGCAUGAGUCUACGUAGGCCAAGGCUUGCCUCACAGUCCAAGACCCGUGACACCAAGGUUUUGAUAGAAGACACUGACGAUGACUCCUGACAUCAGGCCACACCCCUCGCCUGGGUCCAGAAUUUGUUCAAAGGAGGGAACUCCACCUCCUAACCUAGGAAUUACCCAGCGAGUUGGGCAUUGAACUCUCAACCAAGGACGAGUUUUAAACUCUCAUGCCUACAUAAUCUGUUUUCAGGAGCCUCUGCUCGGGUUCAGAAUUAUUUCAAAACAGUAGAACUUAAACAAACUUGUACAAACAUCCUAGCCGAAAGGCCAUCAACCUCCUACUGCUACCUUCAAUAAGACCCAAGGGUGGGCUUAUCACUUACACUCUACCUUACCCAGCAGCGGGUGACAAACCUAUCCCCCUGACACCCAAAACCACACAGAGGUGGACUCCAGAACUACACUCACUCCUUUACCAUUGCUUUGGUUCUCCUCAAAGCCUCAGCCUAGUAUGAACAAUGCAGCUAAAUGGAACGCAAGCCGAUCGCUCUGACGGAAGUGUCCCCGCUCCCUGUCCGUGCCACAUUACUCAACACAGGAAGAGACUGCUUCAAGCUGACUGCUGUUAAAAUGUUGAAAAGUUUUACUUCUGCCCUAUAGCUGUUAGUCUCCUCCUACACUCCGAGUGUCCAGAUAACAAGGCCUUGAAUAAAUGAUGUACCACCUCAAGAGACCUCAAGUUCAUCUGUAAUUUGGACCCAGGAGUGAAUCUGAAGCCCUUUCUUCUAGGAGAAUAAACAGUUAUAAAGUAAACUGACCCUUGGCGUUUACGCUGGCCAGCAGAAUGUGCAGACGCACAUUUGGACUGUCAUUGCUUUUCAGCUUGUCGCAUCAUCACAGAGCUGCCUAUCUACACCUUACAUGCUUUAGAAACACACAGAAACAUGCACUUUGUAGGAAGAGUAUUGGAAUGCCUGUUGUGUUCACACACACACACCUACACACACUCACACACACUCAUAAGCAGUGAUUUUAAGAUGUUUUAUUGAACCUGGGUUGAAAAGAAACACACACACACACACAAACAAACACAAGCUAUAGAUUAGUUGUAACCGUGGUUGUUGUAAAUAUGAAAUGGACCAAAGCAGGAGGUGGUGUGAAAAUAUUCCGAAAAAUGAAAAACUACUGUAUUGAACAGCAGCUGGAAUGACUGUUCAGCCAAAGAGCUGAGAAGGAAUUUUUUGUUUGUAUCCUGCAGUAACUCCCAGUCACCCUGUGUAAUGAAAGACCAUCCCUUGGAAAAGUAAAACCAUUUUUGUUGAAUAUAUGCCAACGUAUUUAUGUAUGGAUGUGUGGGAGCGAUGCCUAAAUACCACCAGUCAUCCCAUUUAGGCCAAUCACUUUUCAAAAAAUGAAAUUGAUUGAAGGUGAAUCCAGAGGAAUUUUUAAUUCCGUGCCCUAAAAUCUUGAAAGAAAGAUUGAAGACUGUCUGAUUGUAAACUGCUGGUUUAUGAAACUUAUUGUCAUCUGUCAAACUUGUUCACUGAAAUGUGAUGCUGGUGAUAAAGAGGGGGGAGGUUGUCUGUCAGUCACAUGCUAGAUUUUAACUGUGUGUGUGCGUGUAAGGUUUUUCCUACACACAGACAUGUUUGUUUUUCUAUAGUUGCAAGGACACUCAUUAGCAUAAUGCAUAGCCUGGCCCAUAGGCCUUAACCCUCAAACGUCUCUUUGAAAUUGUGAAGACUGACCAAAGUGUCCUCUCAUUGAUGGUUUUGAUGGUGUACAAUUAAUACCAGUCAGGAAAAAUGGAAGAGUUGCAGCUUUGAUAUGUACGUAUGUAGAACACAAAAUGAAAAAUUAGUAAAAACACUGGUCCAAAUCAGUUCUGUGGAAAUGUAUUUACUUACUAUGUUUAAUUUAUUACAUGAGAGGCAUUAUUCUUGGCUUCAGGGAAUGUCAUCCUCUCAGUGUUUUUCUUAUUUUUGACCAAACCAUUGUGGUUUAGCCUCUGUAGUUUGACAAAGUGUCCAUCAACAGCAUCACUGCAGGCACUAAUUUCAGUGUUUGUUGCCAAUUCAUCAGAGCCAUAAAACAGAAUCCUCUGCUCUGGUUUUGAAGAGACAGUUAGUUGUGUUUACACUGGAGAAACUUUUUUAAUAGAGUGAAGGUUGUAGUUUAGCUUCUUUUAUUUUCACCUUCCCAAUAAGAUUAAGACUUCUUAAAGGAAAAACUGUUUUUAGCUGGUAUUGUCAACAACUGUUGUGACCAUUUAGAACAUCCAUUAGUACUGCAUUGAGUUCAGCUUUGUCCCACAAAUUAACUCAACUGACCAACUGCAAGCUGUCCUGACGUUGUUUGCCUUUGAAAAGACGGAGUGCUAAAGAGUCCAAAAAGGAUAUUGCUAUUGUAGCAAGUAAAAAUUGUUCAACAACAGAGGAUUAAAUUGAAAAUAAUUAGCAGUUAUAUCUUAUUGUUCCAUUAUUAACCAAGCUAAGCUCAUAGGCUCCUUAGCUUAAAGACUUUUAUUUGUUAUCAGACGUUUUGUGAGCAGCAGCAGAGGAUCUACAAAAGUCUUUCUAGUGCUAUAUCUGCGGAUAUCUCAGCAGCCACAGCAGAAUAAACCCUGUCAAUGAAUCAAUCAAUCAAAUUUUGUUUGUAUAGCCCAUAUUCACAAAUCACAAUUUGUCUCAGAGGGCUUUAACAAGGUGUGACAUCCUCUGCCCUUAACCCUCAACAAGAGUAAUGAAAAACUACUAAAAAUAAUAACAGAAUAAACCCUGUCAACAGCUGAACUCAUCUGCAUCGCUCUGUCGUGGGACCAGGCCUUAGAGGUCCAGUGUGUAAGAUUUAGGUGAAAGGGAUCUAUUGACAGAUAUUUUAUAUAAAAUAAUUCUAGUGAUGUUUUCACGAGUGUGGGUACUUUAUAUCAGGAGUGGUCCUCUCUAUGAUACUUUUUAUGAAAACUGAAGCUUACCACAGGUUCUCUUUCAUGUUUGGAAGGGGAGGAUGAGGUGAGGGGUAUUCAGCUGCCACUUGCAACUUCACCACUUUAUGUCACUAAAUUCUACACGCUGCAACUUUAAAGGUUCCACUAUUGAGCAGGCUGAUAGUGUGAAGUGACUCUUGGCAGCACUGGAAGUAGCACAAGAAAUUUUGUUUCACGAUAACCUUAAAAAUGUAUGCUGAUCUUAAACUAAACAUAAUGUGUUAUAACCAGUUCUUUAGUUUUAUACAUGAAAUCUCCAUGAUGAAAAGUAGUGUAAAAUUCAUUUGCAGCUUUUCUUUCUGAUAAAAAGCUUGACUUUCAUACUAAAUGUCGGUCAUUUGAUGCUAAACGUUCUUGUAAGAAUAUUUUCAGAGAGCAGUUAGAUCUCUGCAGCUCCGGUACUGACACACACACAGACACAGACAUAAUGUCGCCAUUCAUUGACUUGCAUACAUUCCUUUCCUGGAGACAAACUACAAUUUGCCUUGCUCCUAGCUACACCUAACUUUCUCUUAACCUCACCCUAACCUUACUAUAAACUUAACCUGAACAUAAACUUACUCUAACCUUCACCUAAACCUGAAGUUAACCUAACCCUAACCGUACCUUAAUCUUAACCUAACCGUAAUCUAAACCUAUCCCCUGACCAUACAUAACUUCCCCAUGUUAUGGGGACUUGCUUUUUGUCCCCACAUUGUGACUGUGUGAACAGAUCAAGGUUCCCACUAGUUUCUGUAUUCAACUAGAGCUUUGAAAUUAGGAUGUUGUCCUCACUGCUUCUGUCUUCAAAACAUGCUAUCACACACACUUGUUCGACCCUGAGAGAACUGUUGAGUUUUCUCCUUUUAAAUGCACAACUUCUGUUUUCUCCUUGCUCUGGGUUUCAUGUGAACACGUCUUCCUUUAGAAGAAAUGUGAUUAGAAACCCAUCCCUGUGUAAUGAACGACAUUCCAAAGUGACACUAAGAUGAAACCUCAGGUCUUAGCGAGUGUGUUAGGCUGUUCAUUCACAAGCUGGACGUAAGCUUCUUGACUGCUUUAGCUUAGCUAAUGAAAGCUAUAAAUGUGCAUCCAAAUCCAGGAAAACACAAAUAGGGUGAUCCCUCUGUAUGACAACCAAGCCUAACAGCAUUAGAUGUUUUACUUAUUAUGAAUCUGUUCAUAUAGUUUUAACAGCAGCAUUUGGUGAUUUGGACCUUGUUUGACUGGAGUUGUUAUUUUUGGUCUCUAUCUACAUUCCACAUUAUGCCUCACACUCCAUCACACACACGACCAGCCCAAUCGUCUGUAAAGAUGUUUUGAAACUGUGACAGACAGGUGAAACAACCUCCCCUUUGCCAGCCGUCAAUCAAGUAAAAUCCAUCAGUUGAGGGUUGGGCUGGGUAUCUAGCCCCAAUAUGUUUUUUGGCACUAACAGUAAUGUGAAUGCCUCACAGAGUAUAUCAUGAGCUUAAAGUGAAUGUCUGGUCAAAUUUAUGAUUUUCAUUUUAGAUGUUUUUAGACACAGUUAUGAAACAGCUGCUUGAUAACAUUUAAUACUUCAAAAGUGAGAUGUAGAAGUUUGUGUUAAUAAUUUGCCAAAUAAGGAACCAAAACUCUCGAUACCCAGCUGUAGUCCAGACUGGUGGAAUCUACUUGAUCAAAAAGAAGUUCUUUCAGAAUUUCUUGAAGAUUUUAUGAUGAUAAAUAUGACUCUCUGUUGUCAACAGGCCUAUUUCCCAAGAUUUCACAGCGCACCACUUGUAUAUGACCAGGAUCUCAUUAGUUAUUUCAAAACAAAGCUGCACAUUUGGCCUCAUGCGAGAACUUCUCUGUACUCUUAACCCAAAACUUCACUUACUUUUAUUUUGCAAGGUUUGUCCAUGUUCAGAUUCUCAAAAUCCCUUAACUGGACUCACGUGUUGUAAAUGGUUUGUUUAAAGCUGAUUGAUGUUACCUGCUCAUAUUCAUGAACCUGCCUUAUCAUGGCCCCUAAACUAUUAAACAUCAUACAGGAAUUCAUUAAAGUCAGCUAAUCUUUUCUUAUUUAGUUGUAAAGAUACAAAUUCUAUUUUGUUGAUUCAGCUCAACAUUUCUGGCUUUUAUUUUCAGAUCACCUUACAACGAAUGACUUCACUCAGCUUAUUAAAUAAGGAAUAAGAGAUAUCCCAGCAUUCAAGUUCAAACUCCCCAGAGCAUUGUUUCAUGUAGUUUGAAGAGAAGCAACAUAUUGCAGUGUCUAUAAUACAUACAAUGAUAAGUCUUUUUUUUUUCAUAAUGAUUGGAACCAUUCUAACAAUGAUGAAGAUUAUUGCGAGUUCUGUCCCCAUCAUCCAAACAUUUCAGAGCUCUUAGUUCUGACCCAGUGUAACAUAUAGUAUGUCAGUGUCACUGACCAGGUUAACAUUUAACUUAUUAUUUUCAGUUUGUUGAACUUGUUUUGUCCAGUUAAAUCAGUAAACUCAAAUUUCAAGGCAGAAGUUGUGUUUUUAAGUUAAAGGUCCACUGUGUAAUAUUUAGGUAAAAGUGAUCUAUUGGCAGAAAUUGAAUAUAAAAUAAUCCUAGUGAUGUUUCACAAGUGUGUUUCAUCUAAUUUGUAUGAAUUGCUGUUUACUUUACCCUACAAUGGGCCCUUUAUAUUUAAAUACAAUGACGACCUCUGUAGAGAGGCCGCCAUUGUUUUUUUAACAGUCGCCCACCUGGGCAAACUAAACACCUUUUGAGUUUUUAUGAUAACUGAAGGCUACCACAGGUUCUCUUUCAUGUUUGGGAGGGGAGGGUUGCAACAUGCAACUUCACCACUAGAUGUCACAAAAUUCUGCACACUGCACCUUUAAACCAGUUUAAUAAUGAAUCAACUUUUGCCAAAGAGAUGACUGAUUUAACUGUUUCAGUGUAGUAAAACAUUUAGAACAUAUUCAUACAAUAUUAACACAGACAGCAACAUGUUAUCAUUAGUUUGUUUUAAAUAAGUGUUUUACCAUGGUUGGUACUUGACUUGAAAGACAGGUCUGGACCACUUAACUCUAAAUACAAAAAUGGAUGAACAUCACAAAUUUUGUUAAGCCACUUGUUUGCAUCACUUUAGAGCAAAUGUGUUUGUAUGAGACGUUACUGCAAGAGGCCUAAUGUCUUGAAUUCCUCAGACUUGAUUGAUGCACCAGAAAGACUUUGUCUUUUCUUGCUGUUUUGUCCAAGUCUGAGUACAUUUGAACCAGGACAAUAUUUAAAGCUUUAUUGAAGCAGUUUUAAAGGUUCUGAUCAAAAAUCAAGUGGUGUGAUCGAGUAUGAAGUCCUCAUGUUGGAAACAAUCCAAGUUAUGUUGAAGUAUUUGGUUCUUCUAGGAAGUGACAGGCAUCUCCAGGGUUUCUGGCCUCAGAUCGAUCUGCGUUAACAGGAACACAGGGUUGCUCCGAGACAUCCCUGGUGCUAUAUUGUUGCAAAACUCUUUCAGGAUUAGUUUUUCUCCUCAAGUGAAGGAUUGUGAAUUUAAGAAGUCUGAUCUUUAAAGAUAUUUGGUGUUUGUUGAGCCCCGCCCUGUGAGGCCCGGCCACCAGCUCUGUAUGCACGAAAACACACCGGUCAUCAUCCUGCAGUCGUCACUGGACCACCUGGCUUGGAGCAUGGAGCCUCUUAGAGGACGAGGAUCCAGUGACAGGGUUUAUUUUAGACACAAAGCCAUGCUGUUCAUACGAUCAUAUUGUCUUUGUAUAUUUUAAGCGUGCCCCUUUUUAUUCUUUUUUUUUUCCGGAUGAACUUGAUAAGAUGAUGAUGCCUGAGGAUCUGAGACUCUUCAUGCUCACUGGCCCAAAGCUUCUCAGCAUGGAACAAACCAUCCUCAACCUGGAUCAGAAUCCUCUGAUAUCCACAUCGUGUGACCCAGAGCGGUUGAUUAUACAAUACAUUAUAUACUGAUAUAAUAUAUUGAUUAGAAGCACUGUAUAAUGAGUGACUGUGCCGUGGCUGUUGUCUCGUAUUUACAGUAGCAGCGUGAUGCUACAGAGGUGCCUGGUUCACCAACCCCUGUUACAGUUUUUCAGUAAAAAUCAGCUCAAACAUG